GACAAUGUAUCCAGUCCACUGGUUCCGUGCAGUUUCUCUGGUCGUUGGCGUCUCCGUGUUUUGCUCUGCAGGACCACUUCAUGCUCAGUGCAAAGUAGAAUGGUACUUUGGAAUACCAUGUCAAGUGGUUAGUGAGUCCCUGGUCUCACAGAUCAAGAAGUGGGGAACCAUGGCCGGCUGUACCAUGGGAGGACAGAGGUGCCUUUACAAGCUGCAGUCUGCCUCCAUUCACUUCAUAGCAGCCAAACACACCACUCCUUUUAAGAGGCAUGUGGACGACAUCAACUUCCGGCUGGUCUCCUAUCACUUCUUCACAUGCUGUCAUGUUUCGGCCAUGUCCAUUUCUGAGACGUGGCACACCAUUGAAGAUCAUGGCACCAACUACUGCAACCUCUACAAUCUAAUGGAGGGAAGUGGUCUUAAUGAAGCCCGUGGUUAUAAAGAGGUGACCAGUGACUUCCAAUGUACACAGCGUUCUUCUGCUAACUGCACUGUCUAUUGAUGGACUAUAUAGACGACCAGAGUCCAUCAGAGCCAAUGUCCAGCCAAUGUUUUGGCUUUCCUCUUCUUCGAAUGUUGUAAUAAACUCUCAGUUCUACCUUCUUGCUGCUGUUGCUAUUUUGAGUACAUUUUCUGUGCUCCUUACAUAGUAAGUAAGUAAACUUAAGUGAACAGUCUUUCCAUAUUUUGCAUGUAUUGUCACAUUUUGUUGACAGAUAUUAUGAAAUGUUUUAUCCCUGUCUAUUUACAGUAUUGGCUCAUGUUUUGUUAAUUAAAGUU